GGUGGCAAGAUGACGGCAGAUCCGAAUAAAACAGAAAUUCUGGCAGUGUUUAAAAGACUGAGAGCAAUCCCGACAAAUAAGGCCUGUUUUGACUGUGCUGCUAAGAAUCCAAGCUGGGCCAGUAUACCAUAUGGAGUAUUCCUCUGCAUUGACUGCUCUGGGAUUCAUCGCUCUUUAGGAGUCCAUCUCAGCUUCAUCAGAUCUACUGAGUUGGAUUCGAACUGGAGCUGGUUUCAGUUGCGUUGUAUGCAAGUUGGGGGAAAUGCUAAUGCGACCGCCUUUUUCCGUCAGCAUGGUUGUACUACCAGUGACACCAAUGCAAAGUACAACAGCCGAGCUGCCCAGAUGUACCGCGAGAAGAUUCGGCAGAUGGCUAAUGCAGCCCUCUCCAAAUAUGGCUCUGAUCUGUGGAUUGAUACGUCAGGCAACCCUCAAACUCCAACAGCAGAGAAAAAAGAGACUGACUUUUUUGAUGAACAUACUCAGCAGCCUGCUCACAGUUGGGAUAUGGCAUCACCAUCCCUGUUGGAGCAGAAUGGAGCUGUGUCUGUCAAUCCAGAAGUGAAACAGGAGACCCCCAAAGUGCCUGAGAGUGUCAGCACUCAGCCGGAAGAGGGCCCAAGUAUUGAGGGGUUAAGCACGUCCCCCAAAGCCGCAAUUGAUGAGUCAAUGUGUUUGGCGUCUGGUCAGCCACUACCUCCUAAAGAGGUGAGACCUUCCAUUAUCGGAAAGAAGAAACCAGUUGCCGCAAAAAAAGGGCUGGGCACUAAAAAAGGCCUAGGAGCUCAGAAGGUAAGCAGCAAGAACUUCACUGAAGUGGAAAAGCAAGCUCAGGUGGCUGAGAAACUCCGAGAAGAGCAAGCUGCUGAGGCCAAGAAACAAGCAGAGGAGUCCAUUGUUGCUUCCAUGCGCCUGGCCUACAAAGAGCUGGAGAUUGAUAGGAAAGUGGAGGAAAAAAAACUGCAGAAUCUGGAGGGCAAGAAGAGGGAGCAGGCUGAGAGACUGGGCAUGGGAUUUGGAAACAGGAGUGCUGUGUCUCACUCAGUGAUGUCAGAGAUGCAGGUGAUUGAGCAGGAGACCCCAGUAGGAGCUAAGUCAUCUUCCCGCUCUAAAUUGGACAUGUUUGAUGAGCCAGGAUUUACCUCUGGGCCACCUAAGUACAAGGACAACCCUUUUACUGCUGGAGAUGGUUUUGGCUCACGAUGGGAUGCAGAUGGAGGUUCCUCCUCUUUCUCUACCUCCUGGGCUCUGGACAAAGAGGAAUCUAAAGAGAGUGAAGUCACAAUUUCCAGCAUUCAACCAAUUGGAGAAAGGUUGCCAAGCAGACGGAAACCAGACACGACUGUGCCAGUGAUGGAGUCUAAUGAGGCACGAGAGAAGUUUGCUAAUGCUAAGGCCAUCUCCUCAGAUAUGUUCUUUGGCCGUGAGACAAAUGCAGAGUAUGAGGCAAAGACUCGCCUAGAGGGACUGUCAGGCAGCACUGCCAUUAGUUCUGCUGACCUGUUUGGAGAUGGCAGUAACCGCUCUUCAGGGGCAUCAGGCUUUGACAGCGUGCUUCCCUCUGGCCCAGAUAUCGCCCAGUUCAAACAGGGCGUGAAAACUGUAGCCGGAAAGAUGGCCGUGUUGGCCAAUGGAGUCAUGAAUACCAUUCAGGAUCGCUAUGGCUCGUACUGAAGAGCAACAUAAGACAAACGGAAAAGUAAACGACAUGAAAUGGAAAGUACCUCACCGCUGAUUGAAUCUGGUCUUUAUGCUGAUCAAAACCGACAGAGACAUUGAAGGCAUCAAAGACAUGGGAGCCAUGAAUCUUUCAUCCCUGUCUCUCCCAGCCCUCUAGCUUUUCACAGACACUCUGACCGACAGUAUUUCAGUUUCUUUUGGACACGUUUGUGUUCUGUUUCCAGACAUCAAAAAGCACUGAAGGUGUAGAAAGUUGUUUUCAGAAACAUGGUGCUUUCCAUGCAAACGAAUAGCCCUCUUUUCUAUACCAUUUGUGGUCUCCAGUUUCAAAUAGUAAUCAAUUAAGAAAAAAAA